AUGAAAAUCUUAUAUUCCCUGAGGAGGUUCUACCACGUGGAAACGCUCUUUAAUGGAACUUUCGUUUUAGCUGGUCGUGACCAAGAAACCACCGGCUUUCCUUGGUGGGCUGGGAAUGCCAGACUUAUCAAUUUGUCCGGUAAACUACUUGGAGCUCAUGUAGCCCAUGCCGGAUUAAUCGUAUUCUGGGCCGGAGCAAUGAACCUAUUUGAAGUGGCCCAUUUCGUACCAGAAAAGCCCAUGUAUGAACAAGGGUUGAUUUUACUUCCGCACUUAGCUACUCUAGGUUGGGGAGUAGGGUCGGGGGGAGAAGUUCUAGAUACUUUUCCUUACUUUGUAUCCGGAGUACUUCACUUAAUUUCCUCCGCAGUCUUAGGCUUCGGUGGCAUUUAUCACGCGCUUCUGGGACCCGAGACUCUUGAAGAAUCUUUUCCAUUCUUUGGUUAUGUAUGGCAAGAUAGAAAUAAAAUGACUACACUUUUGGGUAUUCACUUAAUUUUGUUAGGUCUAGGUGCUUUUCUUCUAGUACUCAAGGCUCUUUAUUUUGGCGGCGUAUAUGAUACCUGGGCCCCGGGGGGGGGGGAUGUAAGAAAAAUUACCAAUUUGACCCUUAGCCCCGGUGUUAUAUUUGGUUAUUUACUAAAAUCCCCUUUUGGGGGAGAAGGAUGGAUUGUUAGUGUGGAUGAUUUAGAAGAUAUAAUUGGGGGACAUGUAUGGUUGGGUUCCAUUUGUGUACUUGGCGGAAUUUGGCAUAUCUUAACCAAACCCUUUGCAUGGGCUCGCCGUGCAUUUGUAUGGUCUGGCGAAGCUUACUUGUCUUAUAGUUUAGGUGCUUUAUCUGUUUUUGGUUUUAUCGCUUGUUGUUUUGUCUGGUUCAAUAAUACGGCUUAUCCAAGUGAGUUUUACGGGCCCACUGGACCAGAAGCUUCUCAAGCUCAAGCAUUUACUUUUCUAGUUAGAGACCAGCGUCUUGGAGCUAAUGUAGGGUCUGCCCAAGGACCGACGGGUUUAGGUAAAUAUCUAAUGCGUUCCCCAACGGGAGAGGUUAUUUUUGGAGGGGAAACUAUGCGUUUUUGGGACCUUCGUGCUCCGUGGUUAGAACCUCUAAGGGGCCCCAACGGUUUGGACUUGAGUAGGUUGAAGAAAGACGGCCAACCUUGGCAAGAACGACGUUCAGGAGAAUAUAUGACCCAUGCUCCUUUAGGCUCUUUAAAUUCCGUGGGUGGCGUAGCUACCGAGAUCAAUGCUGUUAAUUAUGUCUCCCCUAGAAGUUGGUUAGCGACCUCCCAUUUUGUUCUAGGAUUCUUCUUUUUUGUGGGCCAUUUGUGGCAUGCAGGAAGAGCCCGAGCUGCUGCAGCAGGCUUUGAAAAGGGAAUUGAUCGCGAUUUGGAACCUGUUGUUUACAUGACCCCUCUUAACUAA